AUAUAAUAAAAUCACCCAAAAAAUAUUUAUAACACCAUUUUUUUUAACAGAAUCAAAAAUCCAAAACACCAUUUAAAAGAAUGUACUUUUGUCUCCCAUCACAACGAGAAGCUUAAAAAAUUUAUGACUUUUUGAGGUACACACACCCUUCAACGUCUUGCGAACAUUUAAUUUAACCAACCCUUUUCUUGUUCUGUUUCACAUUAUUCUGCUACCUGUCCUUUCGUUUUCCCCACAAAAGCUCUCCAUUUUUUUUUCCUUUCGUUCUCUUAUUCUCUCUCUCUCUCUCUUGUUCAUCUUUCGAUUCACGUUGAUUGGGCAUGCAACAGCAAGGAGGGACGAUGAGGAACUCACCGUCCUAUGGAUCAUCGGCAGGAGGGCAUUCUCGUCAUUUCGACUCAAUUUUGUCUCCUCUCGUCAAAUCCGGCACCGUAGCAUCCAACAGAUCCUACGCUUUCUUCUCCCUCUUCCUUUUCCUCCUCCUCGGCGCGUUCAUCUCCACGCGCCUCCUCCUCGACCCAUCCGUUUUGAUAGAGAAACAAUCGGUGACCGUGACAGAGACAGAAACACCGGCGGUAUCCCCAAAACACCCUCAGUCGACUAAGCUAAUUACGGAAGAAAAGCCAAAGGAGUUCACGCUAAACUGCGCCGCUUUCUCCGGCAACGAGACUGUAAUAACUUGCCCAAGGAACCGCUACCCGACGAGUCUCCGAUCCGGAGCCAGAGAAGAUGAUCCCGAGCGUUCUCCACCCGCCACGUGUCCAGACUAUUUCCGCUGGAUCCACGAGGAUCUACGGCCGUGGGAGAAGACGGGGAUCACGAGGGAAGCGUUGGAGCGCGCCAAUGCGACGGCGAAUUUCCGGCUUGCGAUCAUCAACGGGAGGAUCUACGUCGAGAAGUUUCGGGAGGCUUUUCAGACGAGAGAUGUGUUCACGAUUUGGGGAUUCGUGCAGCUCCUAAGGAGAUAUCCGGGAAAGAUUCCGGAUCUCGAGCUGAUGUUUGACUGCGUUGACUGGCCGGUAGUGAAGGCGGCGGAAUUCGCCGGAGUUGAUCAGUUGACGCCGCCGCCGCUGUUCCGUUACUGUGGGAACAACGAGACGCUUGACAUCGUAUUUCCUGAUUGGUCCUAUUGGGGAUGGGCUGAGGUGAAUAUAAAGCCAUGGGAGAGUCUGUUGAAAGAACUUAGAGAAGGGAACCAGAGAACCAAAUGGAUAGACAGAGAACCUUAUGCUUACUGGAAAGGGAAUCCGACGGUUGCUGAGACGAGACAAGAUCUCAUGAAAUGUAAUGUCUCCGAGGAUUAUGACUGGAAAGCUCGUUUGUAUCCCCAGGACUGGGUCCGGGAAUCAAAGGAAGGUUACAAGCAAUCAGACUUGGCGAGCCAAUGCCAUCACAGGUACAAGAUUUACAUAGAAGGGUCUGCGUGGUCGGUCAGCGAGAAGUACAUUCUCGCUUGUGACUCGGUGACAUUGCUGGUGAAACCUCAUUACUACGAUUUCUUCACACGGGGUAUGUUUCCGGGUCACCACUAUUGGCCCGUCAAGGAAGAUGACAAAUGCCGCUCCAUCAAAUUCGCCGUUGAUUUUGGCAACCUGCACAUGCUCAAGGCACAAGACAUCGGAAAGAAGGCGAGUGAGUUUGUGCAACAAGAACUCAAGAUGGACUAUGUGUACGAUUACAUGUACCAUCUCUUAACCCAAUACUCUAAGCUCCUCCGGUUUAAACCCAAGAUUCCUCAAAACGCCACGGAGCUUUGUUCAGAGGCUAUGGCGUGCCCGAGGGAUGGAAAUGAGCGGAAAUUUAUGAUGGAAUCGCUGGUGAAACGCCCCGCAGAGACUGGUCCCUGCGCCAUGCCGCCUCCUUAUGAUCCGGCGUCGUUUUACUCGGUUCUGAAGAGAAGACAGAGUACGACUAGUAGAAUCGAACAGUGGGAGAGUAAGUACUGGAGGAAGCAGAACCAGACCGGUUCGUAAAAUUAGAUUCGCGUAUUAAGUUUUGUUGUGUAGAGAAAAAGCUCUUGCGUUUAACCCGGUCGCUGUAUUUAAUAUGUCAGGUAUUAACAUCACACGAACUAUUGUAGAACCUAGAAAAUGUGUAAGGUUUAGUUUCCUUUCUUAUUUCCC